AUUGGAUCUCUUCCAUCAGGGAGCUGUUGCUGAGUGGUCCCAGGUGGGCUUCCAGUGCCACUGUCUGCUUAGCCCUGGAACAAAAAGCUGUGCUCCAAAGGAUGCAUCUGAACCACUCAAAAACACAGCUACUGAUCCCAGUGCUGAAAACAAGAAACUCAACAAAUCCCAGCAGCUGAAACAAAUUUUUAAAGAAUAUGGUGCUGUAGGGGUUUCCUUCCACGUUGGAAUUUCCUUAGUAUCUCUGGGAAUCUUCUACCUGGCUGUGUCAAGCGGUGUGGACAUGAACGCGGUUCUGUUCAAGCUGGGAUUCAGCGAGGCCUCUCUGCAGUCCAGGGCAGCAGCUGGCACCAGCACCUUCGUGCUGGCCUAUGCUGUGCACAAGCUCUUCGCCCCCGUGCGCAUCAGCAUCACCGUGGUGUCCGUGCCCUUCAUCGUCCGCUACUGCCGCAAGGCCGGCUUCUUCAAACCGCCCGCCUCCAGCCCCUGAGCUCUUCCUCCUCCUUGUUCUCCUGUUCUCCGUCUCCACCUGGCUCUUCAGGUGAAGUUUUGGUAAAAGACUUACUUGGGUCCAGGUUGAUCACAUCUUGCGUUUCUUACUUGUUCUUUCAGGUAAAUGUCACUGUGAAAAGUGCUGCCCUUGUCUCCCUUCCCUUUUGCCACUUAUUCUUAGGAAAAAUCUGUUCAAAUGGGAUCUGGUUUGUACUCCAAGUGGGAAUAUAAAUGUUUGACAAUGACCACAGUUCUGGGUCUUUAUAAUCCAGCUUUUUGAGCCUCUAUUUUUUUUUUCUUUUCAAAACAGAGUCAUAGCAUUAAUUUAUUACCAUGUAGCUGAGAAACUGAGAUUAUCUUUCCAGCAGAAUAAACCAUCUCUCACUCCAUGGGUAGUUCUCUUGAUAAGGAAUCUAAAGUGGCAGAUGGGUGUUCCUUGGUUAGAAGAUAAUUUUAUUGUAGCCCUUUCAGUACAACACAGGCACUGAGCUCACUUCAGGAGUACCCAUAUAAUUAAUUAUUGCAGUUACAAUUGGUUUAGUCACAAUAGAUGAAGCACUCUUCUAAAACUAUGUGUAGUGCUUCCAUAGUCCAAGAUUUUAUUGUUUAAAAAUUUGCUGGCUGGUGUCAGAAUUACUGAAGUCCUUUUGUUUUUUAAAUGUUUAUAGGCUCAGAAGAAAUCCUGAGUCUACUAAAAUCAGUGUACCUUGAAUUACCUAUGUGAACAUACUUCAAACAGAAUCAAGGCAGAGAGAAUUUUACUAUUUUGAGAUCUAGUUUUGUACUGGAAACACUUUUUUUUAAUCUUAAAACUAACCCCAGCAGCUUUCUGCUCCUGUGGGUGAAACUCAAAUCUGCCCCUGAAGUCCAAGCAUUCCAAUUCCCAGCUUCCCAGGAAGAAUUCCUGUGCUUUGUCUGAGACCUUUGAAUGUAGCAAUGAGAGGGUUUUGCCUUUCCUUAUGGGGAUCUGUGGUGUUAGAAUGUAGUCAAGAGAUCUGGAUAUCCACAUUCCACCUUUGUUAACGGGAAGAUUGAUCCCAAAACAGAUAAUGAGUGUCACACUGGGUAAGCCUGGGUUUUGGGCUCAGGCCUGUGCUGCUGUGGGAGUUUGAGCAAGAGCUGGAGCUGUUUGGGACCUGCUGGCUGCUCUUUUCAGAAUUAUCUUUGUGCUUGCACUUAUCCCAAGGUGGCUCUCACAGAUCUGUGCAUACAGAGUUCUGAUUUAAGUAAAAUAGCCAGAGAAUACCCUGAUGCUUUUUAUUUUUGCUAAAACUUAGUGAAUAGAGAGGAAGGAAUCAUGAAGUUUUGAUGGGAGUUGGUUGAGGAAGGAAAGGAGGAAUAAAUAACUUCUUGUUAUGAGCAGCCUCUUGCAUCCCCUCAGCCAGAACAUUAAAUUGCACCUUAACUCCUCCCCACAGAAAGUCACAGGUUUCAUGUGGACCAAGGAUAAAAAUUCCAAAAUAACUCUAAGGCAGCCUUGUUUACUUCAGUAAUAAUAAUUUCUGAGAAAGAUGUUUUGUCCUAAAGGUGAUAGAGAAUAUUCAAAGUUUCAUUUUCAAAAUCAUAUGUAAAGCUGAAACCAUUUAAAAUAUAUGUACCUAAAAAGCCAGAAGACACCAGUACUAAACUGGAGUUUUCUUGCUGUGAAGAAACAGCUUCAUAUAAAUUAUGGCCAGAAUUCUAAUUACUUAUAUGGUUGUAUAAACUACUGGCAGUUUUAGAUGAAGUUUUUUGCAAAGUGUAUUUUAAAAUAAUUCAAGAAUAUAUUUUGAAUUCCAGAAUCCUUGCUUGUAGAAGGAUCAUUUUUUAAAAUUAUUUGUAAAAUAGCAAAGUCUUAUACUGAAAAGACAAUAAAUUGCUUUCUCUUCUUGCUUGAA